AUGGGCAAAAGGAAACGAACAGAUACUGGCGAAAAGCCCGUUGCAGACACUAGUACAUCACUUUUACCUCAGAAAAGAUACUACAGGCAGCGCGCUCACGCAAAUCCAUUUUCUGACCAUGCCCUAGAGUAUCCAACCUCGCCCCAGAGUGUCGACUGGGGUAGCCAUUACCCUUCUUUUGCCCACUCAGGCAAGGUGCCAGAGUUCGCCGACGUCGGUUGUGGUUUCGGCGGCUUGCUGAUCUCUCUGGCUCCUCUAUUUCCCGAUACCCUCAUGCUGGGCUUGGAAAUACGUGUUCAGGUCUCUCAGUAUGUUGAAGACCGUAUCAAGGCCUUGAGGGUUGCUGCCGAGCCGUCGUCGCCGUCGGCCCACUACCAAAAUGUCUCCAUCGUCCGUGCAAAUGCGAUGAAGUUCCUGCCCAACUACUUUGCUAAACAUUCACUCUCUGCGCUCUUUUUUCUGUUCCCUGAUCCCCACUUCAAAUCACGGAAACACAAAGCGCGUAUCAUCUCACCCACUCUCCUUGCCGAGUAUGCUUACGUGCUUCGUCCGGGCGGCAUCGUGUAUACCAUUACCGACGUAAAGGAUCUCCACGAGUGGAUGAAGUCUCACCUCGAGGCAUUUCCGCUGUUUGAGCCGGUUGAUGAAGAGAUACUCCGAGCCGAGGGCAAGGGCCCCAUUGUGGAUGCCGUAUACACUAGCACGGAGGAAGGCAAAAAGGUCGAACGGAACAAGGGCGACAAGUGGCUUGCUUGUUUCAGACGUAAAGAGGCCGUGCGACAGUAG